UGCGCUCUUUACUGUGGAGACAAAAACAGUGUACAUCAUGACAGACGAAGUGAAGACUUAUUUGAUGAAACUGAUCAAUUCAGUUGAUGGUUUACUGGCAAUAGCAGUUACAGACAGAGAUGGCGUACCGCUCUUGAAAGGAUCAACAGACCAGGUACCAGAACUAGCGUUACGUCCAAAUUUUCUAUCUACAUUUGGUACAGCCAUAGAACAAGCCAACAAAAUAGGAUUUCAGCAGAGUAAAAGUUUUAUAUGUUUAUAUCAGAACUAUCAGGUUGUUCAGAUAAACAAAACUCCAGUGGUGCUAACAUUUAUUGCAGAUAGUAAUACAAAUACUGGCUUAUUGUUGAAUUUAGAAGCAGAUAUGAAGGACAUUAUAAAUGAAGUUUCAAAAGUGGUGUCAACAUCAUAGCACGGAUGCCAUACUGCAAAAUGCUGUUUAUAUUUUGUAUAUAAUUUAUAUGUGCAAUAAAAUAAUAAAUUGAUACAAUGUACCCUGUUAUGAGAGACCACCCUUUCUGUCACUAAAAAUCAGUCUUUUGAGAUGAUUUAAUCUGUUAAGAUAUAAGUGAUGAUGAGUUGAAAUUGUCACCGUCUAUACCUAAAGACCAAAAGAGGUUGGUCUCUCAAGACAGGUCUACAAUACUUACAAAAUAUUUAUGUAUUUCUGUCAGGAAUGAGGAUAUAAAAUUCAUAACAACAUAGAAAUCUUGAAAUUUCUUAAGAAUGGAUUGUAUGUUGAUGAUUACCUUAAAAAUUGUUAUGAUUGAUUCUUUUUGAUAUUUUAUUUAUGAAAUAGAUUAAUGAAAUAGAUUAGUUUUAUUUCAAAUCUUCAUUAUAAUUGCAUUUGUAAAGAGCAUAUUUCUACAUUUUUUGUCUUUAAAUACUUACUAAUCGCAUGAUUUUUCAAAUAUUUUGGCCUCAAGUCUCCCUGAAAAAACAUGACUUGGUAAAACAUCUGGUGUAGUAAAGAUAGAUACUAUUAAUGUUAUUAAAUGGAAUAGGAUUUUAAAACUGUCAGUUCUGAUCAAAACAAUAAAACUAUAUGACCAUAUUUGGAAAACGUCUUUUUCUUUCCUUUCUGUUGCUAUUCCUUCAUAGGACAUCUGAUGGAAUUAGAAUGAUGAUGUAACCUGUAAUAAUUCAUUCAAAAAAUUAUGUAGAUUUAUUAAAGUGCAAGGUUUUUUAAGGAAAAAUAAGACAAAAAUAUAUUUAUACAUUUCUUCAAAUAUGGUAUUUGUUGAGUUUGUAAUUAUUUGUAAUAUAAAUAAAAAUGUUCUCAAACAG